AUACCUUUUAUCGCUUUAUUUCUUUUAGAUGUUAAUGCUCUUUGCAUUAAAUCAGUAGAUAAUUAUUUGAAAACACUUCCAAUCUCUUCUUUCUAAACCAAGCUGUAUCUUUAAGCAGCGAGCUUCUUGACCGGCAGGAGGCGUGUCUUGUCCGUAGCCCGAACACAGCGAGCUUACAGUUGCUACAGGACUGAUUUCUCUCAGCUAUUGGAACAAAUGAACUACUUUCUGUGGUUCUUCUAACACUCCGGCAGCUGAUUUUGCUUCGCUAUAUACAAAGGCUACUCGUGUAUGGAUUUCUGCGGGAUUUGCACAGCCUAACAUGGAUGUCCCACCAUUCCUUGCAUCGGAAGGUUGCUUCUUGGCGCAGUGAGAGAAGAACAUGCAGGGAUUGCUAAUGGAUUUGGGAAGCGUUUGCUUUCUUCUUUAAGUGACCAUGCCGUGAUCCUCACUGAGGGCCAUCACCCUGCAAAACGUCAAUAGAAGUAUUCCGGGGAAUCUAACAACAGAGGGGGAAUAAACGCUGUGCAUUACAGAAACAACAUGAAGAUUAUCUCCCCAGUUCUAACUAAACUGAUCUUCAGGUGCACCGCUGGGCUUCUCCUGCUGCUAUUGCUAUGUGUGGGAUAUUCACAAAGCAUGCCGCACGUUUUACGAUUUGGUGGUAUUUUUGAAUCCAUAGAGGCCGGUCCUUCAGGAGCUGAGGAAUUAGCCUUUAAAUUUGCAUUAAAUACAAUCAACAGAAACAGGACACUACUGCCAAACACAACUCUAACAUAUGACAUCCAAAGGAUAAACAUUUAUGACAGUUUUGAAGCUUCCAGAAAAGCCUGUGAUCAACUCUCUCUGGGGGUGGCAGCCAUCUUCGGUCCUUCACAUAGUUCUUCAACGAACGCCGUACAGUCCAUCUGUAAUGCACUGGGAGUUCCUCACAUUCAGACAAAAUGGAAACAUCAAGUCUCCGACAACAGGGAUUCUUUCUAUGUCAGCCUUUACCCUGAUUUCUCUUCACUCAGCCGGGCAAUCUUGGACUUGGUGCACUUCUUCAAAUGGAAAACGGUCACUGUUGUGUAUGAUGACAGUACAGGUCUAAUUCGUUUACAAGAGCUCAUCAAGGCUCCAUCCCGUUACAACAUUCGACUGAAAAUCCGGCAACUGCCUGCAGACACAAAGGAUGCCAAACCUUUGCUGAAAGAAAUGAAGAGAGGAAAAGAAUUUCAUGUCAUAUUUGACUGUGGUCAUGAGAUGGCAGCUGGCAUACUAAAGCAGGCACUAGCCAUGGGGAUGAUGACAGAAUAUUAUCAUUACAUUUUUACAACAUUGGACCUCUUUGCCCUGGAUGUGGAGCCAUACCGCUACAGUGGUGUCAACAUGACAGGUUUCCGAAUCCUAAACACUGAAAAUUCCCAAGUAGCUUCAAUAAUUGAAAAGUGGUCGAUGGAGCGGCUUCAAGCACCCCCCAAACCAGACUCAGGUUUGCUGGAUGGAUUUAUGACGACUGAUGCUGCAUUAAUGUACGAUGCGGUGCAUGUGGUAGCAGUGGCCGUCCAGCAGUCUCAACAAAUCACUGUUAGCUCUCUACAGUGCAAUCGUCAUAAGCCCUGGCGCUUUGGAAUCCGCUUCAUGAGUCUGAUUAAAGAGGCCCACUGGGAAGGCUUAACAGGCCGGAUCACUUUCAACAAAACCAACGGCUUGAGGACAGAUUUUGAUUUAGACGUGAUCAGCCUAAAGGAGGAGGGCCUCGAAAAGAUAGGAACCUGGGACCCAGUGAGUGGAUUAAAUAUGACCGAAAAUCAAAAAGGAAAAACAGCCAACAUCACAGACUCACUGUCGAACCGGUCCCUGAUUGUAUCGACCAUUUUGGAAGAGCCAUAUGUGAUGUUUAAGAAGUCUGAUAAACCACUGUAUGGGAAUGAUCGGUUUGAAGGCUACUGUAUUGACCUGUUAAAGGAGCUGGCCAAUAUUCUCGGUUUUACAUAUGAGAUUCGGCUUGUGGAGGAUGGAAAGUAUGGCGCACAAGAAGAUUCAAGUGGACAGUGGAAUGGCAUGGUUAAGGAACUUAUGGACCAUAAAGCUGAUCUGGCAGUUGCUCCUCUGGCUAUCACCUAUGUGCGGGAGAAGGUUAUUGACUUCUCCAAACCAUUCAUGACGCUGGGAAUAAGUAUUUUGUACCGCAAGCCCAAUGGUACAAACCCUGGUGUUUUCUCCUUCCUGAAUCCACUCUCCCCUGAUAUCUGGAUGUAUAUUCUGCUGGCUUACUUGGGUGUCAGUUGUGUGCUGUUUGUCAUAGCCAGGUUUAGCCCCUACGAGUGGUAUAACCCACACCCAUGCAACCCUGACUCAGAUGUGGUGGAAAACAAUUUUACCUUGCUAAAUAGUUUCUGGUUUGGAGUUGGAGCUCUCAUGCAGCAAGGUUCUGAGCUCAUGCCCAAAGCUCUUUCUACCAGGAUUGUUGGGGGUAUCUGGUGGUUUUUCACUCUGAUCAUCAUUUCAUCCUAUACUGCUAAUCUUGCCGCCUUUCUAACAGUGGAACGUAUGGAGUCUCCCAUAGAUUCUGCAGAUGAUUUGGCAAAGCAGACUAAAAUAGAGUAUGGUGUAGUAGAAGAUGGAGCAACCAUGACUUUCUUUAAGAAAUCUAAAAUUUCAACUUAUGAUAAGAUGUGGGAAUUUAUGAGCAGCAGAAGACAUUCUGUGCUUGUCAAAAACAAUGAAGAAGGGAUCCAGCGUGUACUCACCUCUGAUUAUGCCUUUUUAAUGGAGUCAACGACCAUUGAGUUUGUUACACAGCGGAACUGUAACCUGACGCAGAUUGGAGGCCUAAUAGAUUCCAAGGCGUAUGGAGUUGGCACUCCCAUGGGUUCUCCUUACCGGGACAAAAUCACUAUAGCCAUAUUGCAACUACAAGAAGAGGGAAAACUUCAUAUGAUGAAAGAGAAAUGGUGGAGAGGAAAUGGCUGCCCUGAAGAAGAAAGUAAAGAAGCCAGUGCUUUGGGCGUUCAGAACAUUGGCGGGAUCUUUAUCGUUCUGGCAGCUGGCCUUGUGCUAUCAGUGUUUGUGGCAGUGGGAGAAUUCUUGUAUAAAUCCAAACAAAAUGCACAGCUUGAAAAGAGGUCCUUCUGUAGUGCCAUGGUGGAUGAGCUCAGGGUGUCUCUGAAGUGUCAGCGCCGUCUCAAACACAAGCCCCAGGCUCCUGUCAUGGUAAAAACAGAAGAAGUCAUCAACAUGCACACAUUUAACGACAGAAGAUUGCCGGGCAAGGAGACUAUGGCAUAGAACUGGUAGGAGGAGAAGAGGAAGCUGCCCUGAGCACAAACUGUCAUCCUUGUUCAAAACAGUUUGCCAGAAAAUGUUUCCUGUGGAAAUAUGCAACCUGAGCAAAAUCAAAUGAGUUACCUCAUCCAUCAGAAAACUACAAGACAACUGUAUACAGCAAACAAAAUGGGAGAUGUGCAAUCCCCAAAAGGAUAAAAAAGGAAAGGAAAGAAGAAUAAACACUUAAAAGUGAACAUCUACUAAAGAUGAAUACAGAUGUGCGGGUAUGCCAUGUAUCUCUUGGGCCGAACUAUCCUUCCCUUGAAUGUUUCCAUGUGAUUCUGUGACAAGUGGUCUCAAAUGGGUUACAAAUAUGUUUCCCCAGUGAACAAUUAUUAUGAAGCGCUGUUAAAUGAGCAAACAGAAUACAUGUAACACAUUGGGACAGAUUGUGAAAGGAGAAGGUUGCUUUUCUUAUCAGUUUCUUUUUUAAUUUAUUCUUUUUACAUAUGUGAAAAUAUAUUUUCUAUAGUUUAAAUCAAAGAUGAAGCCACUAACCAUUCCAUGCUUGUUCUCUGGUGUCACAAAGUGCACAUGUAGGACUCAAUUACAAGCUAUGAUGCACAGGAAUAAUGUAAGUGUCAAUUCUUUGUCCUACCCAAAAAAUUGGUUGAUUACACCCAAGGCAAUAACAGCAGUGUUUGUACAGAGUUGGGGAUUAGUAAAUCCCUAAGUCUCCAUUUUAAUAAUAAUAAUAUUAAUAACAGUAGUAAAUACGUGCAUUACGUCUAACACAGAGACAAAAGCUGACUCUGUUUGGCUGACUAUACACAGCUUUGUGCAACUUCCUGUUUGUUGUGAGCAAAGAAAUGGAAGUUCGAGCAGCUGGUUGGUUGCCCACUGCGCGUCUUUAAGGUUGGUCCAAAGAUCUACUGUUUAUUCCUCAAUCCUGAUGCACAGAAGCUGAGCAGCUCUGGUCGCCCUGACCUUCUGGUCCCAUUCCUGUGCAGUUCUGGCCAAAUGUGGGCAGAGGCUUGUUCACCUCAUACUUAGAUUUAACAGGAGGCACAUAUUUAUUUAUUUAUUUAUCUGUUUGUUUUGAUAUUUAUUUAAUGAUUUAUUUAUUCCGUUAUUUUAUUAUCUUUUUUUUUCCUGCACUUAAAUACACAUGUAUGCAAUCACCAGUUUCUUAUAAUACACUCCACCCCUCCUUUUCCUUUACAUUUUAUUCUUUAUUAUUCUUUUUUAAUUUUUAUGUUUAUUUGUGGAAAUGCAAGAUUUCUAUGAAAAUAGUUUUUGUAUGAAACAAAUUUUUCUAAUAAUUUUUAUCAACAAAAAAAGAGAAAAACUAAAACCAGAACAUGGGCUUUUCUUGUCCGUGCUUGUCCUUGUGGGGUGUGUUGAUAAGCAUGCCUGGUAGUCAUGCACCUCACUGUUUGAUUAAACCUAUUUUUAUCAUGUACAGGAAAAAAAACUAUUUAAAAAAUAUUUUUACGUCAGGCAAAAUUGGACAGGUGCACUACCAUUUCUGCUUCUCAUUUACACCCCUGCAUUCCAAUAGGCUGAUAGUAUACAGUGCUCAACGAUUCUGUGUAAAUGGUAAACAUAUAUAUAUAAUAAAAAUAAUGACAAAAACUAAUUUUGACCACAUUGUGAAAAAAAUGGAGUGCACACUCUUUACUGUUUGAAAUUGAUGCACAAGUUUAAAAGAAAUUUCAUUAAAAAAGUUACACAAUUU